UCCGGCUCGGAUGUGAUGUAGCAGCAGUCGGAGCGGAAGUUGCAGCCGAGUUGUAAAAUAGCUCGUAGCCAGUGUCAGACGCGCCUUAAAGAUUUGAAACUUGUAAGACUUUUUGUCUAAACCUUAAAUGGCUUAUCCAGGAUACGGCGGGUACGGGGGCCCGAUGCCAGGCAUGCCGGCGCAGGGGAUGCCACACCAAGGAAUGCCAGGAGGGCCCAUGGGGGGACCCAUGGGAGGACCCAUGGGAGGCCCCAUGCCCGGGCAAAUGGGUGGGCCGAUGGGAGGCGCCCCACCCCAGGGAGGGUAUGCCCCCUACGGAGGAGGCUAUCCAGGCGCGUUCGGCGCCCAGCAGCCAGCCGCCAACGAUCCGAUGUGGGGUUACUUCACGGCGAUCGCGGGCCAGGACGGCGAGGUGGACGCAGAGGAGCUCCAGAGGUGUCUGACUCAGUCCGGCUUCACCGGCAGCUACUCCCCCUUCAGCCUGGAGACGUGCAGGAUCAUGAUCGCAAUGCUCGACAGGGACUUUACUGGCAAGAUGGGCUUCAGUGAAUUCAAGGAGCUGUUCACAGCCUUGAACGGCUGGAAGCAGAACUUCAUGAUGUUCGACCAGGACCGGAGCGGAACCGUUGAACCUCACGAGAUGUCUCAGGCAAUCAACGCUAUGGGCUACCGCGUCAGCCCCCAGGCCCUGAACGCCAUCCUCAAGCGCUACAACAAAGGCGGCAGAAUCUUCUUCGACGACUACGUGGCCUGCUGCGUCAAGCUGCGAGCUCUCACAGACAACUUCAGGCGGAGAGACACCAUGCAGCAGGGAUCUGUCAACUUUCAAUAUGAUGAUUUCAUCCUCUGCACGAUGGCCGUCUAAGAGCUGCACGAUGUGAUCCAGACUCUGACGCCGCCUGGACGCGCUGAGCUCGUGGUGUGGGGGGGGGGGCGGAGCCUCGCAGGAAGGCGGACAGAGGCCAGUAUAUUAGUGACUAUCCACGAGCUGCAUCAAGAAAGUACCCAACGCUUAGAAACGCUUAACGCUUUAGUCUUGUAAACAUGUAUCAAGUGCACACACCGAUUUACUCUAAAGGAGAUCGUAGGAUUUGUGAGUGUUGCAGACGACAUAUCAUGUAAUCAGUUGUAUUGUCUGCGCCCGGGCUUUAAAUAAGGGAGCGUGCACGAUGAACUGAUACUAGAGACGUGUGUGAGACACCUGUAGUGCCAUUAUAACUUUUGAAUGUAUUAAUAUAUAACAUGAGAAUUACUUUACACUGAACUUUAUUACAGGGGGAGCCUUUGUCCGUGUGCAUUGUUUUGUUUUUUAAUGAUGCUCAUUAUUGUUUUCUACAACAUCUAACAGGCCUUACUGCAGUAGAUUAUAGAUGCAUAUUAGCUUAAUAUUUAACAUGAGGUAUAAAAAAUGUUGCCACAGAGCUACAGUAUGUUCAUGCACGUCAUAUUUUCCUCCUGCUCAUAUCCCAACGUCAUAUGAAAAUCAUGUUUUGUUACAAUAAACACUUUUUAAUCGGUA